AUGGUUGCCAAUUCCACGGUCAUUGCCGCGCCGGCGUGGCCCGCCACCAUGACGGACCUGCAGUUCGCGACGCUUGUUGGCCUCCCGAUCGUCUCGCUCGUCGCCAUCUACGUCUUCCUCCGCAUCGUGUGGAAGCCGCUCGCUGUCACCAAGGCCGAGACGCUCCCGCUCCAGACCAAGGACACGGAGGCGAAGUCGCUGGCGACUACGACGCAGACGUUCGACUUUGUGUUUGCGAUCGGCCUCGGCCUCUACCUCGUCGUGCUCCUCGUCCUCACGUACUUCUACCACAUCGACUACUUCACGACGCCGGCGUUCUGGAUCAGCCAGAUCCCCAAGGUGCUCUGCAUGAUGCUCGUGUCGCUCAUCGGCGGCAUGAUCUGCCGUGCGUUCUGCGCCGUCGACGACAAGGGCUACAUCAUGACCAACAAGGGCUCGGCGUUCAAGGUCAACUACACGCGCAAGCUCCAGCACUUCGCGGCGUACAUGGUGCCGCUCGUGAUCCACACGAGCUUCUCCGGUCCCCUCGCGCUCGCUUGGGGCGAUCUCUUCACGAUGGUCGGCUUCUUCGUCCUCAUCAAGCCCAUCCGUGAGGCGAGCAGCUUCUUCAUGCUCCAGUUCAACUCGCUCGACCGCCCGGAAGAUCGCCCGCACACGCUCAAGUGGAUCAUCGCUGGCAACAUCGCGCCCGGCCUCUUCAUCUUGAUGUUCUUCAAGUGGCUCUUCGCCACGAACGGCAACCUCGUCUUCAUCAUUGUCUUCAUCACGGGCAUCGGUGACGGCCUCGCCGAGCCCGUCGGCAUCAUGUGGGGCAAGCACAAGUACAAGACGCGUGCGCUCUUCUCGACGCGCAAGUACACGCGCUCGUGGGAGGGCUCUGCCUGCGUCUUCCUCUCGGGCAUGAUCUUCCCCGCGCUCCAGUACGCCGACUUUGACAACUUCACCCAGGUGCUCACGGCGAUGCUCGUCUUGCCGCCGACGAUGGCCUACGCCGAGGCGAUUGCGCCCCACACGAUGGACACGCCUGUCCUCAUGAUUGGCUGCGGCUUCAUCAUGUACGCCAUCACGACGUACUUGUAAACGACAUGUAUAUGUAGUAACCAUUAGAGAUAUCAUCGACAUCCAAACAAUUAAUACACACGUGCUUGGGCGGUCGA